ACCUGAAUCGCCGCCCGUAGCUAGCGCCAAACGCCGCGAAAUCAGCCGCUUACUUCAGCCUCUCUCCAUAUAUAAACAACAAUCAUCGACGACAUCACUUUUCUCUCUUCAACCGCAAAUCUCCAGUACAAUCAUACAAGAUGGCGGCUCCACAGUCUUUCUACGAGCUAUACCGCCGUAGCAGGUACUGUGCCUUAUUUUGCUACACAAGUACACAAAUAUUUCUACAUUUACUGACAAAGCAUUAAGUAUCGGCAUGGCGCUCACAGAUACCCUUGACGAUCUGAUCAGCGAGAGACGUAUCGAGCCUCAACUCGCAAUGAAAAUAUUGGCAAACUUUGAUAGGAGUAUCACGGAGGUUUUGGCAGAUAAAGUCAAGGCCAGAUUGACGUUCAAGGUAUAUGCGCUCGGGGGCUUGCAGGAAAUAUCAUUCUUCGACAUUGGGGUGCAACAAUGAAAGAACAAUUUAGCUAACUUGAUGGUGAAGGGACAUCUCGAUACAUAUCGUUUCUGCGACGAGGUCUGGACUUUCUUGAUUAAGGAUGUUACUUUCAAGAUGGAGAACUCCAGUCAAUCGGUCACGGCUGAUAAAGUCAAGAUUGUGAGCUGCAACAGCAAGAAACCUGGUGAUCCUCAGUAAAUAAGACGUGGAGGACGAGCAUUCAUGGAACUGCAACAUUUUUGUUGGGGAGUGGGAGGCGGGAAGGCAAUGGCGAUUAAGACGGUGAUUGAGAAUGAUUUCCGGGAUGGUCAACAAUGGUUUUCACAGAUUGGGCUCUUCAAUGACUUUAGAGGAAGGAUAUAUCUGGCGUUCAUUGGUUCCUGUGGCGUUUUUUUGGCAACUUUUCGGAGAAUGAGGAAAGCAUAGCUAUCUCGUUCGUACGUAUCUGCACAUUGUCAAAAUUAUAGACGUCGCAAUUUGAUGCGAUGCUAAUCUAAUAGCAGAAUCUAAUCAGGUCUGUUUACCAAUAUUUUUCAGUGUCAGUAUGCUUGUGUAAAACUCGAUUAGAGAGAGCGAAAUAAGAAAGCCAAAGC